AGACCGAGGUUAUAGUAAGCAACGACGGAAAAGUACUUGUAAUGUGAUCGGAUAACAUCACUCUAAGCCCGCGGUCUUGUGUCAUAUAGGGGACCUAGCGUAGUGUGUAUCGACUUCAUCGCGUGCUGUUAUAAACAGCAAAAUCACAGAGUAAGAUCAUGCAGCAUAUCUAUUAGGUUAUUUAUAACGAAAGAAGGUCGUACACUUCGAAAUGCAGGACCAAAACCAAGGUGGACAGCAACUUCUGCAGCAGGAAAUGCGGUACAACCAGCAACCGACAACGUCCGUUACCAACGUAAUUGUUACCCAGCCCGAACCUGCCAGCAAUCCACUUAUGUUGACAGGCCUUCAAGGACACAGAAAAUGGACCACGGGACUGUUCGGUUGCUUUGAUGACAUACCUAUGUGUCUGUUGACGUUGUGUUGUUUGCCAUUUGUGGAGUGUAAGAACGCCUCCCGUUUAGAAGAGUGCUGUUGCAUUCCCUAUUGUGUACCAGGUGGCACCAUCAUCGUCAGGGCCAGGCUCAGAACCAUAGGAGGGAUACAGGGAUCCGUCUGUAACGACUGUAUGACUCUGGCCUGUUGCGGCCCGUGUGCAGUUUGUCAGAUGUCACGUGAGAUGGACAAUAUGGACAUCCGGUAAUUUCUGAGAGGCUCAAAGAAUUGAUGCAGUUGGAACAGUUUGGCGAACCUAUCUUUUUGCAUAUGUUAGAACAGGAUGCACUUUGUUUCUGGAAUCUGGAAAUUGCUUGUUGCAGUGGGAGAUGAUGUAUCACUUAUUAAUUCCUAGUGAUGUACAAUGACAGACAGGUGAUGGGUUCAUUUGUUAAUUAAAUUAACAAUAUUCAUCGUUGUCCUCGUUAUCGUCAGUCCUUACAUCCUCGAUAUCCAGAGGUUACUCUCACUUUCGCUCUCUACACCCCUGGAAUAUGUCAUACCAAGAUUGAAGACACGCGGCUAGCGAUUUGAUUGGUGACAGGUAAAAUAAACUGACCAUAAAUUAGGCUGAUACUUAGGUUAUACAGAGGAGCGACGCCCCACUAGUCAUGACAUAUCCCAGGGGUGCAGAGAGCGAAAGUGAACGUAACCCAGUGGGGAGUGUUCGAGACGCCUGUACAGAACCUGUCCUUACUGUUCUUUGGUACAGGACGUUUCGAAUGCGCCGUAACAGGAAGUACUUAAUCCAAUAUGGCGUCGGCAGACUCUCGACUGGCUGUAAGGGUGGCAGGUGGUUUUUGACGAUUAAAAAAUAAACGUCCAAUCGAUGUUGCCAACUUAAAACUUAUUUUAUUCAGCUCAUUUAGCCGUGAAGGGAUCAAGAAAACAAAUUCUUUAAAAAAGUAAAUGAAAAAACAACAACACUAAAACUAAAAAUUCACAUAUAUAUGUUAUGUUGUUCAAAUUGGUCUCAAUUUAUAGGAAAAAUCUAUUUCAAUUACUUUUGGGCGAACUUUCCUCUUGAUCUUUGAGCACUUGUAAAAUUACCGAGUCCUGUUCGAUAGUCGCCAUGUUUGUGACGUCACUGUGCUGCGCCACACCACCUCCUCGGCGGGAAGAGAUUGGACAGUCAGGAACAGCUGUACCAUCGCAUUCGAGAGCUGUUCAGUCUGUCCCGGCUGUCCAGGACAGCGUCUCGAACGUACCCCUGGAGUAUCGAGGAUGCAGUCUUUAAUUCCUCCAAGAAGAUUAAAAAGACACCAGUUUUCCAAUCCUUCUGAAAGCAUAUGUAUGUAAUUAACAAUGUAUGUAAUAAACAUGUUUACAUAAUGAAUACAAUACUGUAUAAACUCAGUUUCCUGCUGUUGGUCAAUCUUCUAUAUUGUAGGUAACUUUUUGUCCCACUACCAUUAAGAGAAAAGUUUGUUGUCUAAAGAAAGCCUUUAAAAUUUACACUGCUACAUGAGGAAAUAGUUAAAAAUGGCAACCUAGUAGGUUUUACUCACAACUGAAAUAUAUCAUCUUCCUGCACAAAUAUGUUGUUGGCCUGAGAAAAGAGCUCGCGAAAUGAUCCAGAUCUAUCACAUGACUUUAAAUAUGACAGUGUAUUUUUCUUUAAGCAUUACUUGAAUAAAAGGAAAUGAGUGCUUAC